AUGAAGAACACCACUGUCGCAAUGAUCACCGCGGUCGCUGCAGUGACCCGCAUCAUGGAGAACACAUCAGAAAAUCCAGGCGUCUGCGGCUUCGUCACGAGAAACAUCACGUCAGGAAAUGUGGUAACGUCCGUGACCAGCUAUGACCCGGCACCCUGUGGCUUGUACGGCAACUACCCGGCUUCACAACCGGUGCUCAUCUUCAUCCUUGUCAUCAUGACGGCUUGGUCCUUGUUCGGCAAUGGCUGCUUACUGUACCUCGUCUUUACUGAGAAAAACAUGCGGGAAGCAGGAAAUAUCUUCCUGUGUGCCCUUGCGCUCGCGGACAUGGCCCAGAUACUGGUCUACGCACCCCCAACCGUUUACAACUUGGUGCACGGAGAGAUCCUCGGUGAGGGCUGGUGUAGGGUACAAGCCUUCCUCAUGAAGUUCCUACCCGUGCUCUCAAUCUACCUACAGACGAGUCUGUGGAUCUGCAGAUUCAUAUACAUCGCCUUUCCUCUCGACUAUGCUUCAAUCAUGACCAAACGCCGCCUCGCCGUGGCGAUGGCCGCCUGCCUGCUGAUUGCCCUGGUAACACCGGUGGUUGGCCUCGCUCGUGUCGGCACGGUGCAGUCAUGGACAGUAGAUGAGUACCCCGGGGCCGUCGACAUCGCACAGCCUAUCAGCCUGAUGCUGUCGUGUCUGUCGGGUGGAGCUGAAGUUGACAGCAUGAUGGCACUGAUCUCCGUCGGCCUGACCAUCAGCUUCAUCACUGCGUGUCUCAUCUACAAGGUGGCCUGGGAUAGCGGGAAGAACCAAGAGAAGCUGACUGGGAUCGCCAAGGAUCAGCUCAAGCACAAGCUGGCAGCAGCCAAGACGUUGGGGAUCAUAUUUGGAGUGCAGCUGAUAACGUGGCUUCCUUCGACGAUCAACACAUUCCUGUGGAAAACUGGAGUCAUCGCACCUAACAAAGGUGUCAUCGCUGCUGAUAUCUUCUUCAUCGUCACGAUGACAAGCACAUUCUUGGUGUUCGCCAAUUCCAAAAACAUCUACCGCCGAGCUCUGACCAGCAUGUACUACAACAUCAGGAAAAUCAUCCAGUGGGUUGGAGAAAUCGAGAUUAUCCCGUUGGUCAUGUUGCGCAUGCGUAGACCAGAAAGCAACUCGCGACCGGACCCCGUCCGAAAGCCCAUCCAACCCAUCAUAGAAUAUGAAACGACUGUGUAA